AUGGCGCCAGAUAUCUACGAGGCUCUCCCGCCUCCCAACUCGUUAGGCCAGACCAUACUGGCUACUCGGCUCCUGAUGCUAGCCCCGGGGACUGGAGACCAACCGCUAGAAGGUAGUCUUGCGUAUUUAGAUCUUACUGACUCCACCAUCCGCUACGAGGCCCUCUCCUACAUGUGGGGAACGGAUAAGGCCCCGAACCCGUUAAGAUGCCAGAGUAGCGACAUCCCAAUCACAUUGAAUCUCGAGACGGCCUUGAGAAGUCUGCGUCUAAGGGAUGGAAUCAGAACUUUGUGGGUCGAUGCCGUUUGCAUCAAUCAGAACGACUUGGCCGAACGUGAGCGACAGGUUGGUUACAUGCGACUGGUGUAUAGUCAAGCCGACAGAGUGAUCGUAUGGCUGGGACCUUCAAAUGACCUCAACCGUGCUGCAAUUGCCCGUGCCAAGGAGCUCUGUCAGUACCGCAUACUGCUGAUGGACACACAUCGUGAAGAUGCUCAAGAAAUGUUAUCCGUCUACUCAGGCUCACAGGUCGAAAAGACUAUGCUGGAUGCUGUUAUAGCCGAUUCAAAAAGAGAGUCUGGCACAGCACUCAUAAAACUUUUCGACAACAGAUACUUCCGCCGUGUCUGGUGCGUUCAGGAAGUGGUGGCAUCCCGACAAGCCGUUGCGAAAAGUGGCCAUGACGAAAUAGACUUUUUUGACCUGUUGUCGCUCGUCAAGUAUAUUGGAGCGUUGAAGCACAGCGAAGGUCUUCCAGCCUGGCCACCCAGUACACUUUCGUUCUGGGGCUUCAUUCGUUCCCAAAGAGGCCGCGUCUAUUGGCCUCAUUCUGACCUUGUUGAAAAUUCGUUGGGGGAUAUGCUACUCAUCCUCCGAGAAAUACGGAACUUCGAGUCCACAGAUGCUAGAGAUCGCAUUUUUGCAGUUUUAGGGAUAACAGACCAAGGCAUUCACUCCACCGGGUGGGCUUCUAUGGAGCCUCCUCGAUCGAGAGUAGAAAAGUUUCUAGCCUGGAUUGCUAAAAAGCUGGAUGGGCGUGGUUCGAAUAUUGAACUUUGGCGAAAUCCAGCUAUGGCCCCGAAUUAUACCAAGUCAGCCUUGGAGGUAUACCGUGAUUUCACGCGCUAUUGCUUGAGUCGGCCUCCUUGUGUGCUAGAUGUCUUGUUUCACGUACAGCACACCGACGAUCCCCGUAGUACUUCAUUCCCGUCUUGGGUACCGAAAUUCGAUAUACCGAGUUCUACGAAUUACUUUACUUACCAAGUCUAUCAGGCUGGCACCCUUUAUCGUGGCAGGAUUUCCGAAAGCGCUCGGCUCCAUGACUUCCCUGCCGACGGGGUCAACCCACUACGUCCGAAUGUAUUGCAGCUGGAAGGGUUUGUUUUCGACCACGUUUUGACAAUCACGGACACAAUUAUGCUUGAUAGCAAUGACGCGAAGCCAUUGGACCGGGUUUGGGAGCAGCUUUUUCAUUCCUCCCCACGCCAUAAGCGCAAUUCCACUUAUAUCGACGGAUGCACUUCGUUAGAAGUCGCUUUCUUGAUGACACUUCAUGCUGGCGCCUUGGGAUCAGCCGUGAGAUAUGCUAGUUUCCAACGUUCUGUUGAUGCCCUGACACAGCAUGCGAAAAACUGCUUAGCUCAUUGGUUGUCACAUAUACGAAGAGUACCACUCUCUACGUAUCAACACAUCAUUAAACCGGUUGACAUACCCGCCGAACUGCCUCCAAUCGUUGCGAAAUCCUUCAUGACCACCAUACGAGCGACCAGUGCAAACCGGAAGCUAUAUCGGACUUCUACUGGAUACCUUGGUCUUGGACCUGCUGCAACGAAAAGUGGCGACAUCGUGGUUGUUUUGCUCGGAGGACAUCUGCCGUUCAUUCUUCGUCCUAGUGGCACAGACUGGCUACUCAUUGGAGAGACAUAUGUACAUCAUCCAAAUUUGAUGAUGGGGUCACUUCUGGAACCACUCCACAGUAAGACACGAAGUCAGCAGCCUAUCACUUUCAGAAUAAUUUAA